CCAUCCGGGUCUCUGUCCGUGCGGUGCAGCAGGUCGGUAGGCGGGAAAUGGCGACUGGCUGAAGGAGCUGGUUCUGUUGCUGCUGCGGGCUAAGCGGGAAAGACACCACACAUUGCGCAGUCGGGACCAUCGCCGGAGCCUGAGGACACUUUCCUGUCGUCACAGUUAGUUUUAUAUGUGGUACCCAUAAAAGAUGAGGCUGAGAACACGGAAAGCUUCUCAGCAAUCAAAUCAAAUCCAAACACAACGCACUGCUAGAGCAAAGAGGAAAUAUUCAGAGGUUGAUGAUAGCCUGCCUUCAGGGGGAGAAAAACCACCGAAAAAUGAAACUGGCUUGUUGUCUUCAAUUAAAAAAUUCAUUAAAGGAAGCACACCCAAGGAAGAGAGAGAAAAUCCUUCAAAACGGAGUAGGAUUGAACGUGAUAUAGAUAAUAAUUUGAUCACAUCAACACCAAGAGCAGGAGAAAAGCCUAACAAACAGAUAUCUCGAGUAAGACGGAAAAGUCAAGUAAAUGGAGAAGCUGGUAGUUAUGAAGUGACAAAUCAACAUGUAAAACAAAAUGGAAAAUUAGAAGAUAAUCCUUCCUCUGGCAGUCCUCCAAGGACUACAUUGUUGGGGACCAUAUUUUCUCCUGUCUUCAACUUUUUUUCACCAGCAAAUAAAAAUGGAACAUCAGGAUCUGAUUCCCCAGGACAGGCUGUGGAAGCUGAAGAGAUAGUAAAACAACUUGAUAUGGAACAGGUGGAUGAGAUCACUACCAGUACUACGACAUCAACUAAUGGAGCAGCUUACUCAAAUCAAGCAGUUCAAGUGAGACCAUCGAUAAAUAAUGGUUUAGAAGAAGCAGAAGAAACAGUUAAUCGUGAUAUCCCACCCCUUACAGCACCAGUAACUCCAGAUAGUGGUUAUUCGUCAGCUCAUGCAGAGGCCACCUAUGAAGAAGACUGGGAAGUAUUUGACCCGUAUUAUUUCAUCAAACAUGUUCCACCACUGACAGAAGAACAACUAAAUAGGAAACCUGCUCUUCCAUUGAAAACAAGAAGCACACCAGAAUUCUCCUUAGUUUUAGACCUGGAUGAAACACUAGUACACUGUAGUCUAAAUGAGCUAGAAGAUGCAGCACUUACUUUUCCAGUCCUUUUCCAAGAUGUCAUUUAUCAGGUUUACGUGAGAUUAAGACCAUUCUUCAGGGAAUUCCUGGAGCGAAUGUCUCAGAUGUAUGAGAUCAUUCUUUUUACUGCUUCUAAGAAGGUGUAUCAGACAGUUACUGACAUACUAGACCCUAAAAGCAACUGGUCAGGCAUCGGCUUUUCCGUGAACAUUGUGUUUGUGUACAAGGAAAUUAUAUAAAGGACUUAAAUAUCCUUGGAAGAGAUCUUUCAAAGACUAUAAUAAUUGACAACUCACCACAAGCCUUUGCAUAUCAGCUAUCUAAUGGAAUCCCUAUAGAAAGCUGGUUUAUGGAUAAAAAUGAUAAUGAACUCCUAAAAUUGAUUCCAUUUCUGGAGAAGCUUGUAGAACUGAAUGAAGAUGUUCGACCUCACAUCAGAGACAGAUUUCGCUUGCAUGAUUUGCUGCCCCCAGAUUAAGUACAAAGACUUGUCAAAUCACUGAAGGGGGAGAGAAUGCAGGACCCUUUUGGACUAAGACAAAAACAUUGCCAUUACUGUUGAAAUUUUGCAUUUUUGUACCCCGUCUUGCUUUUCUUAUCUUUGGUGCCCAAUAAUAAUCAAGGGUUACAGAAAGAGACUUUAUCUCAGAUUGAAUACAUACAGUAGGUAGGCUAAAACAGAAGAGUCUUUAGAACUAGUGCAACUCCGGUGAAAUUUUUUUAUGUACAGGACAUCUGCAGUUUAUAAAGAAUUCUGUUUCUGCCACCAGCAGUUUGACCUGUAGUCACACAGGAUUUUAUGAUAAUAACAGAGAUGAAAAUGGACUUUUAUUUUCUCUCUGUUUGGUGCUCUAAGUGGGUUUGUAGCCACUUUUCUGUUACUUUAAGAUUCUCAUUUCAACAGGAAUGGCCAGUAAAAGUUGUUUUAUUUUUCCUGUUAAGGUUUAUAACCUUUUUACAUUUUUGACCUGUAUUAGAUUAGAUUUUCAUUAUGCAUUCCUUUUAGUUGAGGCGCUUCCUAGUUUUCUGGAAAUAGUCAGUUUUGUUUUUUUUAUACAUUUGAAUGGCCGUUUUCCUGCUUUGUCUGCCUGCAUAUUGUAUAUUUGUUUAAAAAUAUUCUCUACUUUUAGUCCAUGUAAGUUUCAUUUAGAAAGACAUGCAUUUAUAUUUUGUUUCUGUAAUAUUCUGUAGGUGAAAUCUUUUAAAAAAAAUCAAAGGACUGGGUAGAUAAGAAUAUAUGAAUGACUAAUAUUCAAAAGAUUUAAACCAUUGUGAUGGCAUGUGUUCCCCAAAUGGUAAUAUCUUGCAAUGGCACACGGAUUUAACGGAUAAAGGUAUACCUCAGACUUCACUGUGCUCACCAAUCUUUGAGGAGAAUGAGUUUGGUCAUCUGUUGGGCUUGAUUUGGUUACUGCUGCCUUUGGUUUUCUCCAGGAAUGAAGUAUUCAGCACAGUGACUCAGUAUUUUUAGUUAUUUUGCAUGGGCUGGUAGUACCUCUGUUAUGCUCUUGGUUACAAUCAAUUUAAAACUCUGUGUAACAGUCUUGGUACCUUACAGUAGCUAUGCAUAAUCCUGUGGCACAGUAAACUCCCAAGCCACCAAUGCAGUUAAUAUGCUCUCAUAGUGGUUUUCUAUGCUAUAUGAAAAUAGUCUUCAAGCCUUGGUUCUCUAAUGCAGCUACCACAAGAGGUUGAUAUUUUUAUAGUGGCGUGUAAUCUCCUUUUCGGGAGGCUUUUUAUGGAAGGUAGAAUUUGUAAAAGUUAGUAUGCUUUGCCUCUCGACUGCAUUAACAUGCCACAGGCUCAGACUGUUUUUGUGUAAAGGAUGUCAAAGAACGGCACUUUUUCUAAAGAGAAGUUUGAUAUUUUGUAUGCUUGUUAAGAAAGUACAGUAUUGGAAAUUAAAGGUGGACAACUGAUAAUUGAGGAGUAUGUCACUUAAUUUUUUAUGUAUAUUACCUGUUUACUUGUACAACUUAUUGUACAAAUUACAUGCAGCUUCAUUUUCAAAUGAAUCCUUAAAAUAAGGAAAUCUUUUUAGGAAAACAUUUAAUUUUUGUAUUUUUGAUUUUAAAGGCAUGAGUUAUGUCAAUUUUCAGUGUAUUAAUGAAGAUUUUAACUUUUCAUCAGGUUGAGUGUUUUCUUACUAUAUUAUCUGUUGUGUAUGUAGUUAGCAUAUUGUGUCACUGAACUGUUUAAAAAAUCUAGCAUGUAGAGCAAGCCUGUUUUGUGGAAAAUCCUUAUUCAUUAAAAAAAAAUAAUCAUGGCAGAUUUUCUGCAAAAAAAAAAAAGCAAACGCAUUUGCAAUUCAGAAUACUGGUUUUUUUUUUUUUUUAAUUUGUUUUGGUUUGUUUUUGUUUUAAUUUAAAGAAAGGUAUUUUGCUUGCAGGAAAAAUACUCCAGAUUCAUUUUAAUGAGAAUCUUUGAAAUGUAUUUAUCUUUAGGGCAUCUGGGCAUCUUUAUGCUGUUUGUCUUCUGUCUUUCUUGAAAUAAAAUGUACAUACGUUACCUUUACAUACGCUCUUGCUCAAAAUUGUGAACCUAGUUACAUUUCUCCUUGCUCCCCUUUUUAUGCUCAAACAGUAAAACCCUAAACCUAUACAAGAAGAUCUAAGCUUUCAGCGUGCAUUAUAAUUGCUGAAAGCUUUUCUGAUUAAGCAAACACAGUCUCAAAGGGCUUUCCCAUGAUUUAAAGGGAAAUGUAAGCACCUGUACUGUUGUGCCUGUGGGCACUUUAAAUAAACACCAACUUUUAGUCCUCUUUUAUUAAUGGUAAACUGUUUUCAGUCCCAUGCUAGGAGAGUUCUUUAAGUCAACUGACAAAGGAAUCUAGCAUAACAAGAUUCUGUAAAGGAAUAAAGGGAAAUUUUAUAUGACCUGAGAAAAUUUUUCGAGACCAAUUUAUUUUUCUUCAUUACUUAAUUUGGGUCAUUUUAAAUUUGUUAAUAUAAAUUUAAAAUACUUAUAAAGAGACAAUUAUCCAGCUUCCUUCUACUUUAACAUGUUUUAUCCUCUCAUUACCCCUAAUUUUCUUUUAUCUUUUGGUAAAUGUUAUCUUAAACACACUUCCAUUUAGUUAAGCGGAGGUGUUUAUUUUGUGAAUUGAGAUGUGCCCAGCUCCUUCAAUUCACACAGGAAACAUGAACUCUUAAAAACUGACUGUAGGAAAUGCAGGAGAGUUGCAUACCUGAUAAGACACAGCGAAAGUGACCUAUAUACACAUUAACAUAUCUGAAGUACAUAUUAUAAUUGUGAUAUUUCCAGUGAUAAAUGUCUGGCUUUUAAGACAUUCUUUUAAAUAUUUGUAUUAUUGUUAGGAUGUUUAAAUCAGUUGUGUUUUUUAAUUCUGUGUAAUAUAUGUAGCCCUAAUCAGAUUUAUAUCACCAUAUUUCUUCUUGAGUCUUAAAGAGUUGAUAACAAUUUGAAACCAUAAUUGUUUUAUAUUAGCUAGUAUGUAUAUUUAUUUACCCGAUGGCUUUAUCUUGUUUCCCAAAAUUGGGGGGGAGGGAGCUGUUGAAAGCAUUGUAACUUCUAUAAAUGGCUAUUUUCUUGUACCUGUCAGUGAAAAUGGAUGUGUACAUUGUUUUUUUUUAUAUUUCUCUGGUUUUUCUGGUUUGUUUGGUUGUUGUUGUUGUUGUUGGCUUUUUUUUUUGUUUGUUUUUUUAAGUGUUAAACAUAGAAUGGUUUAAAAAAGAUCUUUGGCCAAUGA